AUGACGUGGGAUCUAGAACUGCUGGAAGACGUACGAACCGAAAAUGGAGUUGUUGUUGCUGCAAACAAGGAAACGAUGAAAAUUGAAGCUUGUGGUAAAGCAAUCCUUCAUCCAGCGUGUCAGAAAUAUGGAGCUGAGAUUCCAGUACACGAUGUGCAAUUCAUCCCUCAUCUUUCGACAAACCUUCUGUCGGUGGUGCAGAUUGUGAAAAAAGGAUUCAAGGGUGUAUUUCAAUCCAGCGGCUGCGAGAUCUACAAUACACAAGGUAAACUGGUAGCAACCGGAGUCGUCGAGAAUGAUUUAUUCAAGCUGGAGCAGUUGGAAGGGGCUGGUCAUGGGGCUAGUCAGGCAAUGUUGAGCUCCGCCAUUGCAUCUGCAGAAACUUGGCAUAAAAGCCUGGGACAUCUCAACUACAACAGCGAGAAAUGA